AUGUUUCUCAUUAGACGUCCCAUCACCAGAGGAAUUCAGCCCACCCAUUUCAGACGGCUAUCCAUCAUGAAAGACACAAAAGAAACAGACGAAUUGCCCGUUUUGCGCCCCAUAGCCACAAGAACCACCCUGAAACAACCCCCACCCUCCAAACCCCAAGCAACUCCCGAAAUCGAGAAAAAAUACGUCCACCGCGUGUAUGACGCGAUCGCCCCCCACUUCAGUUCGACUCGUUUUGCUAAAUGGCCCAAAGUCCAGGCCUUCUUAAACUCCCUCCCCUCCGGAUCACUCGUACUCGACGCUGGGUGUGGGAACGGGAAAUACUUGGGCUUGAACCCAAACUGCUAUUUCAUCGGGGCACUGUUUGAGACUAAACUUGUCUCCCUUAGCAACAGGGGUAUCUCCUGGUUUACAGUCUUGCAUGCCAUACCUUUUGAGAACCUUUUCGAUAUAGCCCUUUUGUGA